UACAUGCUCAUCGCAGCAAGCUAAAGUUGAGUACCAUCCCUCGCUGCUAGCUGCCACAUCAUCAUCACACUGGUUCGAACCAGCUCCGGCUAGAGUUCGUUCCACCGGCGGAAAUCCUCGCCGUACGUGCGCUGAUGGCUACGAAAGCAGCAGGCCACGCGGGCAGGGAGGCGGCGUUGGAGGUGUCGUCCGUGGAGGCAGGCAACCGCGCCGACGCCGCGGCCGCGCGGCUAGACGACGACGAUGGGCGGCCGCGGCGGACGGGCACGAUGUGGACGGCGAGCGCGCACAUCAUCACGGCGGUGAUCGGCGCCGGCGUCCUGUCCCUGGCGUGGGCGAUGGCGCAGCUGGGCUGGGCGGCGGGCACCGCCAUGAUGCUGCUCUUCGCCGGCAUCAGCUACUACACCUCCACGCUGCUCGCCGAGUGCUACCGCUGCGGCGACUCCGGGAAGCGCAACUACACGUACACGGAGGCCGUGCGCAACAUCCUCGGCGGCGCCAAGGUCAGGCUGUGCGGCGUCAUCCAGUACGCCAACCUCGUCGGCAUCGCCAUCGGAUACACCAUCGCCGCCGCAAUCAGCAUGAGGGCGAUCAAGAGGGCGGACUGCUUCCACGUCAGAGGCCACCACAACAACAAGAAGAACCCGUGCCGGAGCUCCAGCAACCCGUACAUGGUCCUCUUCGGCGCCGUCGAGGUCGUCUUCUCGCAGAUACCGGACUUUGAUCAGAUAUGGUGGCUCUCCAUCGUCGCCGCCGCCAUGUCCUUCACCUACGCCACCAUCGGCCUCGCGCUCGGGAUCGCGCAGACCGUCGCCAACGGCGGGUUCAAGGGCAGCCUCACCGGCGUCGCUGUCGGCGACGGGGUCACGCCGAUGCAGAAGGUCUGGCGCAGCUUGCAGGCCUUCGGCGACAUCUCCUUCGCCUACUCCUACGCCUACAUCCUCAUCGAGAUACAGGACACGAUCAAGGCGCCGCCGCCAUCGGAGGCGACGGUGAUGAAGAAGGCGACGAUGGUGAGCGUGGCGACGACGACGGUGUUCUACAUGCUGUGCGGGUGCAUGGGCUACGCGGCGUUCGGCGACGACGCGCCGGACAACCUCCUGACGGGGUUCGGCUUCUACGAGCCCUUCUGGCUGCUGGACAUCGCCAACGCCGCCAUCGUCGUGCACCUCGUCGGCGCGUACCAGGUCUUCUGCCAGCCGCUCUUCGCGUUCGUGGAGAAGCGGGCGGCGGCACGGUGGCCCGGCAGCGGAUUCAUGGCGCGGGAGGUGAGGCUGGGGCCCUGCUUCGUCCUCGGCGUGUUCCGACUCACCUGGCGCACGGCGUUCGUCUGCGUCACCACCGUCGUCGCCAUGAUGCUCCCGUUCUUCGGCGACGUCGUGGGCCUCCUCGGCGCCGUCUCCUUCUGGCCGCUCACCGUCUACUUCCCAGUCGAGAUGUACAUCGCGCAGCGCGGCGUGCGCAGGUGGAGCACGCGCUGGGUCUGCCUCCAGACGCUCAGCGCCGCGUGCCUCCUCGUCUCCGUCGCCGGCGCCGUUGGCUCCACGGCCGGCGUCAUAGACGCGGUCAAGUUGCACCGGCCGUUCAGUGGCUGAGAGCAUGAGCAUGUGUGCUCUACUGCUCCGUGCAUCGUGCAUGCUCGUCUUCUCUCCCUGCUCUGUCGCAGUCACAAUCUAGAGCCAACCAAACCAAACACUCCUUUUGCUACUUCUGGUGAUAACGUGAUGUGGUACAGCAGACCGCAGAAAGGCAUCCAUCGCAAAACUCCAUUACCGUGGCUAUUUGUCAAGCAUGCUGUGUACUGGUUUAUGCAGCUAGACAUAGGGGUUCUUUAGUUCUACAAAAAUGCAAAAGGCUAUUCACUUUGUAAUGAUGGAAUACAAAAUGCCAAAACUUUUAGAGUCAUAUUUAGUUUCAUCUAGAAUGCAGAAUUUAUUAUCUUUAUGAGAGCCUCUUGAGGCUCUUUUAGGCUUUCUAUUUGCCUCUUGAGGCUAAAAUCCAAAAUGUAGAAUAACCACCUUUUUGUCAAAUUUUUUGCGUGGUGUUUAGUUCUAUUUUGUAAAAUCAUAAACCAAAAUCU